UGAUAUCCAAAUGAUAAAUUUUUAUACACAAGAAAUCUUUUUUACUAGUCAGAGUUCUUAAAAUAAAAAUUCUAUUGUGUUUGAUUUCAUAAAAUUGUUUGCAGCCCUUUAAUUUCAUUAUAUUAAAGGAUUCCUGUAUUAUCGACGCAGUUUAGAGAAAAUAGAGAAUCGUUGCAAGCCGGAAAAUAGAAGGUUAUGGUUCAUGUAUCGAAAGUUUGUUGUGCAAAUUUAAAAAAUAUUAUUCAAUUUAAUUUUAUUGUUUCUCAUAUAAAGUAUAAUGAAGCUCACACAAGUGUUAUACAAGCAACAUAUAGGCAGGCUUACUAAAAAAUUGUGGUAUUUAAAGCGAGAACGCAAAGUGGUGAAUACCAAGGCGGAACAAUACUUGUCAACAUUGAAUAUUCCAGUGAGGGAUGCCUCGGAGGUGGUGCAACCAAAGCAGAUACGUCCAAAAAUAUCAGUAGAGUUUCUGAAGCCGAGAGAAAUAGCGUUUGACGAAACACAUCCUGAUUGGAAACCUGAAAUUUGCCUGACAUUUAAAGAUCAUAAUGUUCUGCAAGAAGGAUUUUGUCAAGCACAAAUAAUAACAAACACUGUAUGUUUGCCGAGUAGUUCUUCAAAUUAUAUCAAAGAUUUAUCACUGGAGCUACCCGAACAUGUGGAUAACAUAGUAAAAAGGAUAAUUUAUACUUCAAACAUAUUUGAUGCUCAUCAAGAAAAAUUACCGAAGAGAAAAGAUCCUGAAAGACCUGCAUGGGUGUUUCCUAGAGAUUAUGGAAUAACCAAUAGCAGAAAAAUGCAAAACUUGUCUAGGAAAUUCUUGCAACUUUGCGAGUCUUUGUCAGGUUCAGACAUUGUACGAAAACGAUGUAUAUUAUAUGAUGGGAUUACAAAAUUAAACUUAGAUAAAGAAUCGGACCUUAUCCAAUUUAUUUUACGAUCAGAUGUGACAGUCAUGUCGACAGAUCCUCUAAAACCGAUAGAAAGUUCUAACGGCAGUAUAGAAAUAGAUCUCCCAAAUAUGCAUCCAAUGCAUCACACCAUUGGUUUGGACAGGACAAAUUUCUACAAAACUGAGGACAUGUAUCCUGUCAGUGCAACAUUACCUUUAAAAAACAUCCACACCAUUUUUGUGCACUAUGAUCCUGAGGAAGUGAAAACUCUGACGGAAUUACCUGUGACACCAAAUCAGAUUUUUGGUCGCACAUUGAUAAAAGCGUAUACUAUGACGGCGUCCUGUGCACGACAAAGAUUCGGUUCAUCCGUGAAGAAACUGCCAGAACCCGUGACUGUGCAGUGCAUUCAGUCAGAUGGAAAGAACUACCACUUUUUCAUAUUUCAACUCAAUUCAUUAGACGCGAAUGACGUCAGCGUGAAGAAUUUCUGGUGCGCUCUACCGCCAUUAACACUCUAUGAAAAAGCUGAAUACAAUAAUGGCAAGCCAGUAGUCGAGGAGUAUAAUCCGGAGGUAUUCAAAAGAAUACUUGCGUUUUACAGAAAUGGAUCUUAAAUAAAAUCUGCUAAGUUAAAUAAAAUCGUUAGCGGAAAUUUUCUAA